AUGUCAAACAUAAAAAAAAAAAUUGGAUUAAAAAAUAAAAGUUUGUUUAAAGCACCCAAAAACACAGAGCUUUUAGCAAGAUGGCAUAGAGCUAUACCUAGGAAAGACAAAAUGCUCACAGAAAAGUGUUAUGUGUGUGAAGUGCAUUUCAAAGAGAAUGAUAUUCUAAUUUAUGAUGAGACUAUCUUAAAUGAUAGAACAGUCAAUAAAAUUAAAAGAAUUAGACCCACAUUAAAAGCUGGGGCAGUUCAAUCUAUAUUUCCGAACUUACCAUUUUAUUUAACAGAGCAUACAAUUAUUUGA